UGUGUCUGCACGGUGUUAUGAUUUUUGUUAAUUUUUAAAGAGUUUUCUAAUAUACAUUUGAUGAUCAGAGAUCUUGUGUAGUUGAUUGUGUUCACUCCAAAAAAGAAGAAGAGGUUAACAUAAAUACAUCUAUACUUGCUGCCUCAAAUCAAAUCUAGCGCAUUAUUGAACGUUUGCUCUUAAAAGAAACUUUGCUAUGGAACUUACGCCAGAGGUAGAGUUUGCUCAAAAACUUGUGUCGAACCAGCCGAAAGUUAGGGAGAAAGUAUUGAAACAAAUUGGAAAAUGGUUGGCAGUCAAAUCUUCUGCAGAUGAAGCAUUUACAGAGGAUGGUAUGCUAAAGCUAUGGAAAGGACUUUUUUUCUACUUUUGGAACUGUGACAAACCCUUGUUUCAAGAAGAAAGAGCUGAUUUGAUAAGUAAAUAUAUUCAUGCUUUCAAAAAGACCAAGUAUUCCUUUUUAUAUAUGGACACUUUUUUCCAAACCAUGUCAAGAGAAUGGUUUGGCAUUGAUAAAUACAGAAUUGAAAAGUUUAUGAUGUUUGUCAGAAAAUUUUUACGGGAAUGUUUUGAAGUUCUUAAGAGAUCCGAGUGGAAUUUUAAACGUGUGAAACAGUUUCGAAAAGUUAUGAAGAAAACAGUUAUCAGUCCAAAAUCAGAAAGUGCACCUCUUGGGCUAAAAAUUCAUAUUUGUGACAUAUACAUGGAAGAGCUAGCAAGAGCAGGCUCAGAACAGCUAACUCCAGAAAUGAUCACAUGGUUUUUAAAUCCAUACUUAAUUGUCUUCUGGAAGUGUGAUGACUCAUCUUUCCUUGAAAAUGUAUCAAAAGAUGUCUUCUUAUAUCUAUUAAAUCAAGAUGCUGAUGAGCAAGAAUUUCAUGAAUUCCCUGUUUUAAAGUUUGAUGCAACUGAAAUUCAAAAGUUGUUAUUGGAGCAUGCAACAAAACCAACAAUCAGAAAAUUAAAUAGGAGUAGGAUGUAUGAUGUUAUUCAAGAGUAUGAGAAUUUUAAGAAUAAUGUUUCUUCGAUGGACUCCAUAUUCUUUGAAAAGAGAAAACCAAGUCGCAAAUUAAGGAAAAGGGCGGUGGAGAGAGCAACAUUAGCUCUUGUGAGGGAGGAGGAAAAUUUUUCUCAUGAGAAGAAAUCUCAGAAACCAAAACGAAAACGAGGCAGUGAUAGUGAGGAGGAGGAGGAAGAAGAAGUUGAUAGCAAUAAUGACAGCAAUAAUGAUGACGACAGUGAUGACUUCUGAAGAAAAUUGACAUGUACAUAUCAAUAUGAUU